CCUGUGUCAUCCGCCAUCUUGUGCGAAGCAAGGUGGCCUCCACGUUCCCUGAGCGUCUUCUCCGCUUCUGCCUCGACCGCCCCUUGAUUACAGACAUGUCUCGGGAUCGGUUCCGGAGCCGUGGCGGUGGCGGUGGUGGCUUCCACCGGCGCGGAGGAGGCGGCGGCCGCGGCGGCCUCCACGACUUCCGCUCCCCGCCGCCCGGCAUGGGCCUCAAUCAGAACCGCGGACCCAUGGGGCCGGGCCCGGGCCAGGGUGGCCCUAAGCCCCCAAUCCCACCACCGCCUCCGCACCAGCAACAGCAGCAGCCACCACCGCAGCAGCCGCCACCACAGCAGCCGCCUCCUCUUCAGCCACCGCCGCAUCAGCCGCCGCAUCAGCAGCCGCCGCCGCCGCCACAGGACUCGUCUAAGCCCGUCGUUCCUCAGGGACCCGGCCCGGCUCCCGGAGUGGGCAGCGCUCCGCCGGCCUCCGGCUCGGCACCGCCCGCCACUCCCCCGACCUCUGGGGCUCCCACGGGGCCGGGCCCCACCCCGACCCCGCCGCCUGCUGUCACUUCGGCGCCCCCAGGGGCGCCCCCGCCCGCGCCGCCGAGCAGCGGGGUCCCCACCACCCCACCUCAGGCCGGGGGCCCGCCGCCUCCACCCGCAGGUGGCCCGGUCCCCGGUCCUAAGCAGGGGCCAGGACCCGGAGGCCCAAAAGGCGGCAAGAUGCCAGGCGGGCCGAAGCCCGGCGGUGGCCCAGGCCUAAGCACUCCUGGGGGCCACCCCAAGCCGCCACACCGAGGCGGCGGGGAGCCCCGAGGAGGCCGGCAGCACCACCCGCCCUACCACCAGCAGCACCACCAGGGGCCCCCACCCGGAGGGCCUGGUGGCCGCAGCGAGGAGAAGAUUUCUGACUCGGAGGGGUUUAAAGCCAACUUGUCUCUCUUGAGGAGGCCUGGAGAGAAAACUUACACACAGCGUUGUCGGUUAUUUGUUGGGAAUCUACCUGCUGAUAUCACAGAGGAUGAAUUCAAAAGAUUAUUUGCUAAAUAUGGAGAACCAGGAGAAGUUUUUAUCAACAAAGGCAAAGGAUUUGGAUUUAUUAAACUUGAAUCUAGAGCAUUGGCUGAAAUUGCCAAAGCCGAACUUGAUGAUACACCGAUGAGAGGUAGACAGCUUCGGGUUCGCUUUGCUACACAUGCUGCCGCCCUUUCUGUUCGAAACCUUUCACCUUACGUUUCCAAUGAACUGUUGGAAGAAGCUUUUAGCCAGUUUGGUCCUAUUGAAAGGGCUGUUGUAAUUGUGGAUGACCGUGGGAGAUCUACAGGGAAAGGCAUUGUUGAGUUUGCUUCUAAGCCAGCAGCAAGAAAAGCAUUUGAAAGAUGCAGUGAAGGUGUUUUCUUACUGACGACAACUCCUCGUCCAGUCAUUGUGGAGCCACUUGAACAAUUAGAUGAUGAAGAUGGCCUUCCUGAAAAACUUGCACAGAAGAAUCCAAUGUAUCAAAAGGAGAGAGAAACCCCUCCUCGUUUUGCCCAGCAUGGCACAUUUGAGUAUGAAUAUUCUCAGCGAUGGAAGUCCCUGGAUGAAAUGGAGAAACAGCAAAGGGAGCAAGUUGAAAAAAACAUGAAAGAUGCAAAGGACAAAUUGGAAAGUGAAAUGGAAGAUGCCUAUCAUGAACAUCAGGCAAAUCUUUUGCGUCAAGAUCUGAUGAGACGCCAGGAAGAAUUAAGACGCAUGGAAGAACUUCACAAUCAAGAAAUGCAGAAACGUAAAGAAAUGCAGCUAAGGCAAGAAGAAGAACGACGUAGAAGGGAAGAAGAGAUGAUGAUUCGUCAACGUGAAAUGGAAGAACAAAUGAGACGCCAAAGAGAGGAAAGUUAUAGCCGGAUGGGCUACAUGGAUCCAAGAGAAAGAGACAUGAGAAUGGGUGGAGGAGGAGCAAUGAACAUGGGAGAUCCCUAUGGUUCAGGAGGCCAGAAAUUUCCACCUCUAGGUGGUGGUGGUGGCAUAGGUUAUGAAGCUAAUCCUGGAGUUCCACCAGCAACCAUGAGUGGUUCCAUGAUGGGAAGCGACAUGCGUACUGAGCGCUUUGGGCAGGGAGGUGCGGGACCUGUGGGUGGACAGGGUCCUAGAGGAAUGGGGCCUGGAACUCCAGCAGGAUAUGGUAGAGGGAGAGAAGAGUAUGAAGGCCCAAACAAAAAGCCCCGAUUUUAGAUGUGAUAUCUAGGUUUUCAUUCCAGUUUGUUUUUGUCUUUUCUUGUUUAGAUACCAAUCUUUUAAAUUCUUGCAUUUUAGUAAGAAAGCUAUCUUUUUAUGGAUGUUAGCAGUUUAUUGACCUAAUAUUUGUAAAUGGUCUGUUUGGGCAGGUAAAAUUAUGUAAUGCAGUGUUUCAAACAGGGGAAUUUUUUUUCCUUUUUAUUUCCUUUUUUUUUUAACUGUAUAAUGUCCCCCAAGUUAUGGCAGUGUACCUUGUGCCACUGAAUUUCCAAAGUGUACCAAUUUUUUUUUUUACGUGCUUCAAAUAAAUAGAAAAACAGUUAUAAUAUUGAUCUUCAACUUUGCCAUUCAUGCUUCUAUGCACAUUAGGCUAGGUAUUCCACUUCGAAAGCAUGAGCGUGUCUAGGCCUUUGAAUGGCAUAUGCCAUUUCUGGGAAAUGUAUCUGUAGGCUAAGCAUUGCUUUCUACAAAUAAGUACCCCCUUGUUUUAAAAGAAGAAAUGCAUAUUGAAGUAGUUUCAUGAUUUGUUUGGCAUUAUAGGAAGCAAGCUGGUGCUAAGUAUUUUUAAAUGGUUAUGUAAGCAAGCUGAACUGUAAAUCUUCCUUCAGGAAUGUGUAUUAAGAUUAUGGAAUGGGUGAAAGACUUGGUAGGGGGAGAAAGUGGAUAUGACUAAAUGGAUCUUUAUGGCCCUAUGAUCUAUCCUUUCCUUGAAAGUUUCUGAAGAAAAAAGUGGAAAGAUCAUUUUGUUGCAUUCCUCCAUUCUUGUUUUUAAAAGAACAAGUCCCAAGCCCUACAAAUGGCUUGUAUUGAACUUUCAUAUUUGAAUUAAAGAUUGUUAAACAUGAAGCCUUUUCAUGUAUUACUUCAAGCGAUAUAUGAAGAUGGGGUUUAGUCUGAAAAACUCAACUUGCAAGUAAGAAGCAUAGUAACCAUAAAGUAGGUUUAGCUGCCUAUACAUUUGUACUCUGUAACUUUUAUAUCUCCUUGUGCUACUUCUGGUGGGCAAAAUCUGUAGGACUAUGAAAACUUGUUCUCUUUUCUAAGACCUAGUGGUGACUGUUAAUGACCAAUAGGGUUGUAGAUAAUGAUUCUUACUGUAAACUAUUUAACCUGUUUUUCUAUAGUUUACUUUUGAUGUAGCACUAAAUCUGGAGAGAGUUGCUCAUGCUACACAGUACAAAUACCCCUUUCUCCCACCAUAAAGUUUUGGAGUGUUUCGAUGGUGUUGUCAGCUGAUUGUCAACUUCAUUGAAUCUCCUUCUAAUAGGAUAAGACAUUCUGACUUUUAAUAUUAAAGUAGAUUACUGUUGUCUGAUAGUACGAUGGGAAUCUGUUUUCCCAGCGUAUAUGUUAGCAGAGGAACAACUUUCUAAAAGUAGGUAAAGUAAUUGAAUGGUUCGGCUUUGUUCUUAGUUAUGUUUCCAUUCAAAUUUGUACAUUAUAGAACUCUUACUAUGGAAUGUGUCUUCCUCCUUUUCACCUCUGUUCUUGGUGCUAAUUGGCAAAAGUAAAAUUCUAAAUCAAAUCUUCGUUUAGUAUUGUGCCUGAGUACAAAGGGAAACCUAUUGUUGAAACUCUGAGCACUUUCUGCAUAGGAAACUGGAUAAUACUAAAAGUUAAACACUAGUGGAGGGUAAAGGCAUGUCACUCAAUUCUAGUUGUGUGACUGACAGGUACAUGGUGUGCUAAUUAAGGAAGAGAAUCUCCUUAGAACAUGUUUAUUAUUCCACAAGACACUUGGAAAUGGGUAGUAGUUCUACCAUAAUUCUAUCCAUGAGGAAGCUUUGUCCCGAGUCACUAAUUGGUGCUAUGUAUGAGGUUUUCUGUAUGGAAACAAGGGUCUGGAUUUGAAAGGAAUCCAUUAUAAUUUGAAUUGUAUGGUAGGGACUCCACUAAUGAUAAAUUAAGGGGUGUUCAUGGGACACCCACAGAGGGUGAACUUGAAUGUGUGUGGGCGGGGGCUGGUGGGGAAGUGGGAAAAAUCUGCCUAUAAAAUUAAUGUUUCAGUUUAUUUUUCAGAUUACAUGCCUUUCUUUAUAAGGGAUGCUGGCACAGACCCCUAAAAUAAGCUUUUGUUAGUACUGUACCUUUGAAGAGUGGUGAAGGAUGCUAAUGGAUAAUCUCCUGAAAGUUGUGGUUUUGCUAGCCUUACUGUGGGCUGUAGAAUUGCUAAACAUUGUUUAGCAAAUAAUGUUGCUUAGUUUCCACUAAGUUUUGCCUUUUCCUCACUGAAAUAGCAGUGUACCAAGGGUUGUAAGCUACUCAAAGAGACUUUCAAUAAGUCUUGCAACGCAUAUGGUAGUUUUUAGCCUAAUGUGAAUUUAAAUCCUCCUAAAAGCUGAUAUGAAACGGGUGGGAAAGGGAAUGUAGUACUUUAGAAGUAUUUCAGCCAUUUUUCUCAUUUAAAGAAACCACCUGCCCCCCCAUUUCCUCUUCUCCACUUUCUCUCAUAAUUUUGUUUUAAGAGGAACACUGAUCGUUGUAAGCUUAUUACUCCUAAUCUUUAAACUGCAUUCUCUUAAGAGACACCAGUGUAAUUAAUAGGUACCUUAUAAGAUUAACCGAAUGGCUCACAUUAUUUAGUGAAACCAUAAUCCUCCGCUUAGAACACUAAUUAAAACUCCUAAGAAAUACUAUAAACCCCACCACUCUUUAUAUAGAUGUAAGUACAACUAAUAUAAACAAAUAAUAAUUUGGGAAAUUGUAAGUUACGCCUGUGCAAUUUUUAUAAGUGGCAUAUUACGGCAGACAAAAAUUUAGAUACUUGGCUUUUCUUGGGCAAGCCACCAUGUUGUGGCGGGAUGUUUUCUGGUGUUCUUGGACUGGAAUUGUGCACUAUUAAAGUAGUGGCCUGCUACAUAACUGCAUUUAGCCAGCAUUUCUGCAGUGCGUAACUGUGAGGAACGUAGUACCGCAAAUGGCAAUGGACAUUAGGACCCGGAUGUAGUAUUCCUGCUUGCUCCAAGAUUCUCAUUGCCGACUGCAUACAGGUAGGUAACAAGCAAUAUAAUCUAACUUGGUGACUUGCUAUGUACUUUUAUUCCGUGGGCAUUCUGACAUCACACUUCUGACCAUGAAAUUACAGUGCAGCACCUAACACUUGGAUGUAAAGCUAGCUGCUAUCAAAACUGCGUGGGCUUGGGUUUCGAGCUGUAAUUUGUCAGGCAGAAUUCAGUGCUGUUGCAGUUCUCAGAUAAAAAGUGCAAACUUGAUUCUUUGGUACAUCUGAUGCAGUUGUGUGGUUUCCUUUAGUUGCAUUGUAACUGAAGAGAACGUGGAAAACGUCAGUGGUGUGGGGAAGAGGGAAUCAAACCAUACUUGGAAAGUAGAGUGCUUUUAGCAUCUUGACACGGACUGUAUAGCAUGUGAUACUGAGUCUCUGUUGUAGCAAACUGACCUGCCCAUAGGUCAGCAAUAUCCAUUCCAGAAUGCAAUCUUGGUAAUCAUUCUGUAGGUUGGAGUGAAUUAAGACUAAAAAGUACAGUUUUUUGUUUUUUUUUUUUUUUGUAAUGUGACUUAAAACAUUUUUUUAAUGGGCUUCAUGGGAAUACCUUUGUUACUAACGUGGGCUUAGUGGGAAUCUAAUGUGAAUAGUUCAAGUUAUGUGACUUGUCUAAAUAUGUCUAUGCUCUAAACCUGGGGGAAAGUGGUGUGGCAUGUAGACUUGCCUGCAGUUGAAUACAUGUUGGGAAUCAUUUCCCAAUCCUAAGACUUCUUCGUCGUAUUCUGUAGGGUGACUGCAAAUGUUCAGAGUAGCUUUUUGAAUUUGGUUCCCUUAGCUUUAGGGACGUGAUGUUAUAAUUCAAAAUGCUUACCCAAAAAAAAAAAAAAAAAUCUUCAAAUGCAGCUUUUGUUGCUUAGGACUUCAGCUUUGUAAGCUUUGCAUCCACUAUUGUUCCAGAACUCGAUUCAACUUAACUUUGGUCUCCGAGCUGGUUUUUAGCUAGCAUGCAUGAGAAAGAAACAGCUUUCACGUAUAAUGCUUUCUGCUCUGUAACUGGAAGUUCGGUUUACUUUGCAUAAAUGCCGGUGAAAAACUCUUCAUGACUAUGAGAAUUUUCUUCCAUUGUAUCAAGAAAAAUGGCUUGCUGUUUGGCAAGCAAUUCACAAGGUGGUAACAAAUUUGUACUUUAACAUGUAGUCUAUUCAAGCAAAUAUCUUGACUCCCCUGUUAGGUGAAAAAGCAAAUGGUGACUAGUUUAGCUUUCUGUUAAUAAUACAAUGCACUCCAAACAUAAUGGUCAGUAUUAGUGACAAGAGUGUCACUAAAUUGACAUACAACCUUGAUGGAAUUUUCCUGUGGCAUAAUCCAUUAAAUCGGUGGCCAACAAUUGCUACCGUGAUUUAGUGAUUCAAGUGUUUAGAAAUAAAAGCUCAGGUUUAUUUCUUAACAGUCAAUAACAAUUUUGAGAGAAUGUACUUGUUACAAUAUAUGGACUUGAGAAUCAUCGUUGGGGUGGGGGUUAAUUUUGCUUCAUUUCUGCUUAUUUCAAGAUGAGUAGGCUUUGCACUUUGAAAUGAGAAACCUGUGACUUAAGUCAAUUCUUACCUAGUUUCGAUUCGUAUGUAGCUAUAAUUUGUGAAUCUUAGUGUAGAGGAUCUUAAAUCAAAAUCACUCACUCAAAAAGCGGGAAUAAAUGGGUUUCAGUAACACCACUAUACCGAGGUGCUUGCAUUGUAUUUCAUAGUCUUUCCUUGUUGCAAACCAGAAUUAUUGUUUUUAAUGAGAAUGGUCUGAAGUUCAGAGGUGUGAUGCCAGAAUGCAUUUUCGUACUGUUAGGCCCUUGGAACAGAUACCGGUGCUUUCUGAAAGAUGAAAGAAAUGGAAUGGGUGCUCUUCACACAAGGUUGCAAAACCUACCAAGAAUGCAUAACAGUCUCCUAUUUCCCCAAGAAAAGAGAUGCGUGUGACUAGUUUUGGACUUUUAACCUUAAUGGGGGUUGCAUGUCUCCUAUUGUUAAUCAUUGUCAGCUGCAGUGACACGAUCCACAGUCCUGCAUUUUUACUGCCUUUCCCUUAAUGAUUUUGGACAGGUUUGAGAGAGCCAGGAUGUUUGUUCUGGGCCUUUAUUUGGUUUUGGCUUUAGCUGAUAAUGUUUCAGUGUCUGUCAGCUAGUGCAGUUCUCAAAUGGCUGCCUAUUAGGGAAAGAAUUCCGAGGAUUUGACUGCUCCUAAUCAUCUGUCAUUGCUGCUAGAUAAUGAUUGGCAAUUUUUAAGACUCAACUGUGGAACUCUCACAGUUGUAAACCAUCAACCAUAAAAAUGUUGCUUUUGAACACCAGUGCUGAAAAGAUUUUAUUUGGAGGGUGAGAAGGGGGCUGGAUGCAGAAUAAUCUAGGAUAAUCGAGAAUGGGGGAGAAUGCAAAACGAUAUAGUAUCCCUUAUGGAUGGUACAUGUGCAACAGGGAACUCUAUUUUUUAUACCCUUGGCAGUAACUGAUAAUCAAGGAGGAAGAAAAACCUGGAACUUGAAUUAAGGCUGAUCUUUCUGGUUUUUGUGCACUGCGGCCCUACCAGGCAUACAUAGUGAAGGUGAAUGUCUUCUCCCUCAGAAAAACGCAGGUUCCUUGCUGUCCAGAAUAAGGCAUAGCUUCCCUGCCCCAACUUAAGACUCAGUGAGGACUUGGAGGGAAAGAACGAGGCAAAUACAUAGGAUUGCAGGAUAAACAACUGCACUGUUGUGUACUGUGGAGUGGGGAGGGCACUCUUGGAGGACUCCUGCUGAAGGUGGUCAGUCCACCUGAGAAUGGAAGACUUACUUGAAUGGGGAGCAGCAGGGUAUGUGCUUUUACAUGAAAAAAAGAGCUGAUGUUAGAACUCAUUUGGUAAGGUAAACGUUGUCACAUACCUUCACAUAAGGGAUAGUAUAUUUUGGGUUGCAGUCAAACUGGAUUGUGCUCAGACUGGUGAAAAUAGCAGUUAGGCUUUUGUAUUUUAAUUAAGACACAAUUUUUAUUUGAAUUCAGCUGUCUACUUUAUUACUUUACAUAAGAAUAAUUUUAGAUUUUUUUCCCCCCAUCAAGUUUCUUCCUGUUGUUUUUUUAUUCCGUAACUUGCCCCCAAUCUUUGUCUCUGGAAUUUACUCUUUAAAUUUUGAAGUUAACUAGCAUUUUCAAAACCUUUUAUACCCUUGUCUUUUAUAUUAACUUUCUCUUAUUAUUCUUUAGGUAAGAAUGAUUGAUGUUGGCUGAUAUUGGAGUACUCAUUCACUUCAAGUGGAUAAGCUAUUAGUCUCAAGACGAUAUCCUGCAACAUGAGCCAAGAAGGAGAGCCACAGCUUGUUAGACUCAGGAAGUGUCUGGGAUCAGGUGAACUGUGUCCAGAAAACCAGUGAGGAAGAGGGCAAAGAGGAAUGAACAGCCUAAUUGUUGUUAAUAAAGACAUUUUAAAAUCA